CAGCUGUAACGAUUCGUUAAUCGCCAUCUCACCCUGCUCGACAGCCUGGAAACCAUGCAUCGCCAUGUUUGCAGUUAUCCAUGUCAACCGUGAUGAAGUUGCCCCAUACACACCUGAGUCAGGUAACACCCCCGGGUAUAAAGCAGUCUCAACGGGGUCUUUCGCGAGCCACUCAGAACACUGGAUGAUAUCCGCUCUUUCUCAGCCUACUUCCUCUUACAGUCAGUCAGCUGUUUCUACGAUAGAGAAGAAGCCGUACCUUCGGUCUGUUCUCAUCUGACGACGAUUCCUACACCCAGCGCCGUCAUCAGUCACCCCCAAGCCCUCGACCAGGCCCCAGGAUGAGAGACAUUGGACUACAGACUCUGUUCUUGAUCGGCUGUGUGGCGCUCGUGUGUCUCCUUGCUGGCACCUCGGCGGAGAUUAGACUCCUCUGUCCACGACCGCAAACUCCUAACUCAAGGAACACCCAGGGCCCAUGUGAUCCCCAAGGGUUAGCGUCAGGUGCCCGCGAGAUAACCGAUGUCUAUCCAGGGCUGCUGACUGUGCGUUGGGAGGAGACCGUGUACAGAAAAGGAGCCCCGAGUAGGAUUGCCCUGAAGAGCCGUAGUCAGAACACGACGUGUGUUCUGCUGGAUCACAUCCCACACAACGACAACCAGUUCACCAGCAAGGGCAGCGAGUGUAACCCGGACGAUUAUCCGAUCGGUAGAUGUCGGCGCAGUAUGACAGCCAUAACAGUCGUCAUCCCGGACAUACAGUGCGACGACUGCUACCUACAGCUUAUCUCCGUGGAUACCAGUUCUUUGGCGCCAGGCGACCCACCGUGCUCCCUAAGCGACCCCGUGGAGUCAUCAAACUGUUCUGUCUAUUAUUCCUGUGCAGAUGUGAAGAUAUGGGCGACGCAGCCCGGCAGAUCCAGCUCACUGCAGUGUGAAGAUUACCCCAACAAUCUGGACGGAAACUGGCCCUAUCAGCUAGCGACCACCUUAAGGGUGAAUUCUCAGUAUGCCAACAUAUUCUUCAAUAAAGCAUCGCUUGAGCUGCGAGGAAAUACACUGAUUUACGAUGUGCAGCCUAAAGGUGUGAGCCCAUCUGACAUAGUAUCCGGAACAGAAGGACUGUACGAUGUGUCCACGGCCUUGGUAGCCCAGACUUUUGAUCCGGUAUCGGCGGCUGUUGUGGUGUACCGGGGCAAUAUUGAGCUUCGCCAGGCCUUCAUCAGACAGAGGCUUGUGUCUGGACAACUGGGUAUCGGAUUGAGAACUAAAUCUGAAGGCUUGAUCAUCUUCCCCCUAGAAGCCAAUUCGACGAUGUUUGCCCCGAACUCUUACUCUCCGCUGAGUGCCGAGUACUCCACCCGUGGGCUCCUGAGGGCCGUGGACCCUGCCUUCUCCCAGGCCGACGUUCUCUACAGCACACCGUUCAAACAGGCAGGGCCGUGUGCCUUUGCCACCAGGACGAUGACGGCAGCGCUGAUGGCGGAGGACAGUCAGUAUCCUGUAGGGCUUGUGAGGGCCACCUCUUUGGAAUACAACCUCUACGUCACCGCUGUCAUCCCCCAGCCGAUCGACGCCCAAGCCGACAGCUUCCUGGCUCUGAACUUCUCCCGUUCAGCCACAGACACUGACCCUCUCAGAAUAUCACAAAAGCUCAUUUUGCCAGGCAUGAUUAAGUUUGUCGUUGAUGGAGUGGGAGACAUGGCGGAUUUCUUGCUCGGUACAUUGGGGGAUCUCCCGGAUACUGUCCGAGCCGUGAGCUCAGUCAAUCAGUUUCAGCCCUUUACGGGCACCUUGCGGGGAGGAAUUUGGGCGGAAGUUCUGGAUGAGCAAGCGAAGUUAACUGGGAUAGCCGCUGUGUCUCUCCUCAAUGGAACCACCUUGUCAACCAAAUUACUGGUAAUGAACUUCACCACUCCACCCCAGCUUGGCGGAUUGUUCGGCCCCUCCUUACCUGGACGACUGGGUUCCCAAGUGUUCAUGCCCACGUCCAACUUGCGCCUGACAAACAUCGCUAAUUCCAGUUGGGUGGUGCAGGCUGACCUGACGAUUAACAGUGCCCAGAUAGUGAGAUACUUGUGGUCAGGUCUACACUACAUUGACAUCAGGCGGAAUAGCCAGACUCCGGCCCGGUCAGUCAGUGGACAGUUGUCCAAGCUUGACAGAUGGGCUUGCCAAAAUGUCGACAACGCCGCAUGUUUGGUAUCACAGCUGAGGGCUCCAGUCCCUGUCGGUGACCGUGCCCUAGCUACCACCGCCUUUUUAGCGUUCUUUCCCCUGGAUUCAGUUCGAGUUGAGCUCAGUAUAGUUAUCCGCAACUUGGACAUCGGAGAGACUGUGACGCGUGUUGAAAUUAGGAACGACAGCACUGGUGACGCCAUAGAUAUCACUCCGCCUUUUACACCUUCUCUUGUGGAGAGUGGGGCAAUCGAAGGCGAGGUAAUGGGAUAUUUUGUGCUGCCUGGUAACGACCCCGAGGCUCUGAAGAGAGCUAGUAUGAGGACGGUGGUUUACACCUCUCGGUUCCCUAAUGGAGAGAUUACUGGAGACAUGGGUGUGCAGAAACAGCCUACAAGAAACGCCAGCGUGACAGAAGGGCCUGAAGCCUGA